UUCGUGGCGCUAUAUAACUGUGGCGACGCCUUCCUUUGGCACAGUGCAACGUUCAGUCUACUUCAAGCCAUAAUGAUGGUCAAAGUUUUGGUCUUGGCUUUAGCCCUUGUGGGAGCCGUCCACGCCGACAAGAUGUUCAGCCCGCCCGCUCCUCCCGCCCCAGGAUACUCGUACGGCGCCCCGGACCUCAGGGCCGACGCCUCCACUCUCGACCAGCAGGAGCAGGACCCCAUCGCCGCCCUGGCCGCCAACAUCCCCGGCGGAGGCGUCCCUGGCGACGACUACCCCAUCCUGGCCUCCGUCCCCGACACCGGCUUCUCCUGCGAGGAACAGGAAUUCCCAGGCUACUAUGCUGACACCGCCCCGGAGGCCGGCUGCCAAGUGUUCCACAUCUGCCAGUUCGACGGCCGCCAGGACUCCUUCCUGUGCCCCAACGGCACCAUCUUCAACCAGCAGUACUUCGUGUGCGACUGGUGGUUCAACGUGGACUGCGCCGCGUCCGUGCAAUUCCGAAGCCUCAACGCUGACAUCGGCAAGAUCCCCGAAGACGCUGCUUCCUCCGUCCGCAACGACGUCGUGGCACCGAAUCAGCUCUAUGGCACUCCCGAGGAACCUCCCACAGUCCCCUCCCAACUGUACAACAGCCCUAACAGAUUCUAAGGAGUUUACAUUGGAUAUAGCACAGCACUAUAAGACUUUCAUCGCACACACUCGUUAAAAAUUGAUAUUUAUUUCUUCUGCAGCUGUAGAAAGAUUUCUGUUACAGCUGACAUUGUACAUUUAUUCUUGAAAUAUGAAGUUAAGCAU